AUUUCGCGACAGCUCUGCCGCUACCGAAGGCAACAUGGCAGCUCCUGAAGGGAAGAAGCGUGGUCUUGAACAUUUAGAUGAAUAUGAACCAAAAGCCGCUAAACACCUUCGCAGCCUGCAUGACCGUAUGGCAGAGAGGAGACUGGUUGUUAUUCUCGAGGGAGCCUCAUUAGAAACAGUGAAGGUAAAUCAUCAGAGAUGUGUUUCUGUAUUGUUUUGAUAAAGCUACAACCUGCUGCUGUAAUGGAUGUGACUUCAGUACAUAGACUUUCAAAUGAUGGCAGUUUAAGUGGAUACAAAGUUAACGAGUUUAUAUUGUGUGUGAUUUUGUUUUUCUCAGGUUGGAAAAACCUUUGAGCUUCUAAACUGUGACCAACACAAAAAUAUAAUUGUCAAAAGUGGAAGAAAUCCCGGAAACAUAAGACCUGAUAUCACUCAUCAGGUAAGCUUUUAUGUCAGAUUAAAUGUUGUGCUGAAUUCAUGAGGUAUACAUGUAUUCAAAAUUUAAUCUGAAUAACAUAUUUGAACAGUUUCUUAAUCAUUUGUACCUCAUACAUAUGAUUUUAUCUCUCUCUCUUUUACCUCUUAUUUCUGCUUUACUGUCUUUUAGCUUUUGUUAUACUUGUACUCUUUUCUUAAUUAACCUUUCAGGCCUUUUAUUGUUUUAUCUCUUGCUCAUUUCUGUUCCUCUAUUUCAUCAUUACUAUUAUUAUCAGUUUUACCUGUUAUUAUGUUAUUAUCAUUAUUGAUACUGCCUUUUAUAUUUACUAUCCUGUUUUCGUUUUCGACCCCCUUGUAAUUGCAUUUUCUUUUUUCCAAACUAUUUUAUGUUUUUAUUUUGGUCCUCAUGGUCUCAUUUUAGCUUGGUUCUUGUAUUGUCUGGGUUCCUUAUGACAUGAAAAUGACCUUCAAUUCUGUUUUAACUGAGCUUUUUGUUUUUAUCUAUCUUUUUCCAUCUGCUCUAUGACUAUAGUUUUUAAAAGUUCUAUACAACUGAAGUUAUUAUUAUGUGUCAAGGAAUAAACCAUAAACAGUUGUGCAUGUGUCUUGAAUAUUUGAUAUUGAUUUAUCUUCUUUGACAUGGUACAAUUUUUUUAUGCUGCAAAGUUAAAUAUAUGCCUGUUUCAAACAUGUGUUAUUUCCUUUCACCAGUGCCUGCUCAUGUUGAUGGACAGUCCACUGAACAGGGCAGGUUUAUUGCAGGUUUACAUCCACACAGAAAAAAAUGCCUUGAUCGAGAUAAACCCACAGACCCGCAUCCCAAGAACCUUCAAUCGCUUCUGUGGGCUUAUGGGUAAACCACCAAUGUUUAUCUUCCAUGUGCCAACAUGGCAUUCAUGUUGUAUAAUAAGAAAAGUGAAAAGCAGUCAAUCCUACAAACACGAUCUCUUUUUACUUCCUAUCUCAGUUCAACUGCUGCAUAAGCUGAGUGUUAGGGCAGCUGACGGCCCUCAAAAACUUCUGAGGAUGAUUAAGAAUCCAGUGUCUGACCAUCUGCCCCCUGGCUGCCCUCGUAUUUCUACCUCCUUCUCUGCUGGAGAGGCUGUCUGUCCUCGGACUGUAGUGCCAGAGGGACCAGCUGCUGUGGUGAUUGGAGCAUUUGCGCACGGAGCGGUGAGAAAAAGUUCUGUAUUCUGGACGAUUUAAUCAUGCAACCAUCCAGUCUGUAUCUGUUUUACUGAUACCUUUUUUCUUUAUUAGGUUAAUGUGGACUACACAGAGAAGACUGUAUCUAUCAGUAACUACCCCCUCUCUGCGGCACUGACCUGUGCCAAGAUGUGCUCAGCCUUUGAGGAAGUGUGGGGUGUCCUGUGACAGAUCGUGAACUAUUAAUGUUGACUGGAAAGAGAGGAACAUGGACUUUCUUAAAUGGAAUAGAAAUGGAUAUGAUGGAAAGAUUUGGCCAAAUAUCCAUUUUGCUGCACGGACUACAAACAUAUAUCUUAUUACAAACUCUUUGUGUAUACUGAUGUUGUCUGUAUAAACACUUUUCUAUACCCUUCUCCUUUGUCAUAUUGUAAAGUGUGGUUAUUUUUUGUAAUGAUCUCAAUCAGUCCAAUAAUUGAAUUUUGGAUUAUCAUUUAAUACAAUUAAAGUUAGAGAAAUAAAAAAUCAGUUGUUUUGUUUUAUAUAAAUUAGGACAAAAGGUCAUUAUUUACAAAGUUGACUGAUACUUUUAUAAGAUAAUAGAAGACAUACAUUUCUCAAGAAAACUGAACUGUAAAAAGAAGAUUAACUUUCAAUAAGGUCCAUACACCAAAGGAAAUGUACAACUUUGGAUUGCUGGUGAGGGAGGAGUUUAUUGAUGUGCUACAUGAACUUCUCAAAAUGCUUGUCCUAGUGGUAGCAAGGUCAUCUCCCUGCGACCUUGUGUUUAUGGACCAUUCGUUUUAGUGGUUGUCUUGCUGUCGGAGAAAUAGAUCAAGACCAAGUCCAGGUUCUUGCAGAUUUCCCCCGAGUCCUUUUAGUCUUCCUUUGUGCCUUCUGACCUUGUGCCACUCUGGUCGUUGCAGAUCUGCGAUUCUGCCCUGCUGGUUUUGGCGUUCUUCUUGCUCUGCGUGUCUUCCUUCUUGCUCUGCGUGUCUUCCUUCUUGCUCUGCGUGUCUUCCUUCUUGGUCUGGGUGAUUUGGCCGCUGGUUCAUAAGUCCUGCCUCUUGGUUUGAUCUUUUUUUUUGGUUUGAAGGAUUUGCCUCUGUUUUUGACGGACCCCCCGCCUGGUCUCUGUGGCUUUCCAUUGCCUUUGGGGAAUUUUUUCGCUCUUUUCUUCUGAAAAAAUAAUUAAUUGAAAAUUAAUUUUGUAAAGUGUUUACAGGACAAAGGUUCAAAGCAGUCUGUAACAUUAAUCUCUCGAAGGGGUGUUUAACUUGGUGUUACGGUGUGUUUGACCGUAACUUAAAUUUACGCUGGAAUAUCCCUUUGAGUAAACAAAGCAUUACAAGUUAGACUACAGCUGCUUUGAAAGGGUCAAAACAUUUUAGUUCUAAAAAACAGUAAACCUGAUCAAUCUUGACACAGCAGCAACUUUUUGCCCUUCUGUUUGUAAUUCAGUACUGUUGUCCUUCCAACAGAGUCAAACUUUAAAGUAAAGCAUGUUACAGAAAAUAAAUUUUUACCUGCUUCAA